GGCAACGAGAACCAUCUACCUCAUAUCGUCUCGGAAUUCUUCGAGACAGAGAGCACAUUUUGCAAUAUUUAUUCCUUCGAAUGGUCAGCCUGAUAUAGGCACAUUGAUUCAAGUGGUUGGAGCACCGAUGACUGGCUUCGUCCUCGAAUUCAAGCGAAAUUACUCACCAGCCAUGACUACGGAGCCAUAUGAAAUGUUCCCGAUCGGAGAGGUCUCUGCAGACAAUGUCGCUGAUUCUACAAGCAACGAGCAAAGCAUCGAUGACAGACCGCAAGAUAAUCUAGAGCACCAGGCAUCUCAGAUUCCUCCGCCCCGUAUCAGCGAAAACUUUAGGGCUCCUGUAAAUAAUACGACAAACCGAAGAUGCCAAGAAUGGACAACAGAUUAUGUGCGACGCUUGGUCGACAGGGGUAUCAUCGGGGCAGAAGCUCUCGAAAUUGUUCAAUCCAAACGUGACCCGCCAAGCCAUGGCAUAUUUUAGUGCAUCGACACGUUUAAUGAUUUUCAGCGGGGUACCUCAGUACAAACUAUCGACUGGACAAGCAUCACUAGCUCCAGGGCUUGACAUGGCUAAUUUGUGGGGCUUGAUAUUUGACACGCGCAAGUUUGAGCAAGUUUCCCUCGGAUCACCUCAAUUAUAUUUUCGAUAUCAACACCAAGGUCCCCCAUACAAUUAUUCUUGUCCCGAUGGACUUACUAGCAGCUGCACUAGAGAAAUGAUUUUCGAGCGAUUAAUGCAUCAGAUCCGGAACCGUCACACCGGAUCGUUUCCUGGUCCAAUCUUUUUCAAUUGUAAACAAGCCACAUGCAAUACAUUUAUUCCUACAUUUUCCGGGUUUGAUAUUCACCAUUUUCCGGGCAGCGGAUGAUUACGAGGCUUGUUACUUUUUACACAAUGCUGCUGGACAUAUUCUUUGAUUUUAAUGGCACACGGUCAAAGAAAAAUUGCCCGCAGUGGGCCAAAGCAC